GGGGAUAAUAAAAGGGGGAAGAAAUUAGGGUUUUUCGAUUUCGAGAAACAGAAGAAAUGAGAGAAUCCGUCUGUCUUGUGAGAUCCUUCUCGCAACCUGCAGAGAUUUCCUCGCGUGAAACCAACGAGGCUGUUCCUCAUCGUGUCCUCACGGAAUCAGUAUCAUUUGGUAGAUUUGCGUCAGAGUCUCUACAAUGGGAGAAAUGGUCAUCUUUCACUCAGAACCGUUACUUGGAAGAGGUCCAGAGGUUCACAAAACCUGGUUCUGUGGCAGAGAAGAAAGCCUUUUUCGAAGCUCACUUCAAGAACCGAGCUUCCGGGAGAACAGCGAAGACGAAGAUGGAAGAAGUAAAUGUGAAAACCAGUGAUGAAACUGUGUGUGAAAUACGGAAAGACAAUCUCGUUGAUUCAGAAGUACCACUUGUGGUAAAUAAUGGUAUGGCUAUGAAUGAAGAAGUAAGGCAUGAAGAUGUGUCUAAUGCUGAGGUAGAUUCUGUUGUUCCAUCAGUUUCUGUAAUGGAUGAAACAACUGUUGUUCAAACUGGAGAAGUGAAGGUUAUCAACGCCGAGAGCUUUGAAUCCAUGGCUGUUCCCGAAGACGAGGCUCUUGAUCAGGAUAAUUCUACUUCUUUGAGCAAUGAAAGACGUCCUAGUUCUUCUGAUUCGAAGACCUGCAGUAUUAGUUCACAUCUUGAACCCUCCUUUGUUAUUGGCCUGGAUCUGCCACUUAAGAAAACCAGAAAAGAGCCACCCUCGAGUAAGAAAAGGUCUAUUAGUGUAUCCAAAAACCAAAACAGAUCACCUCCUGAAUCCUUUCACAUUCCAAUCAAAUGUGCUCCUCCUGCUAAUACCGAGAAAACCAGAAAAGAGCCACCAUCAAGUAGGAAAAGGUCAAUUAGUGUAUCCAAAAACCAAAACAGACCACCUCCUGAACCCUUUCACUUGUCAGUCAAUUGUGCUCCUUCUAGAAGCAGUACCAAUGCUAAGGAGGCAGGGAAAGCAGUCAGGAAGGAGAGAUCAGGUCCAAGUUCAGUUCAUAUGUCACUCAACCUUGCUUCUUCUGCUCGCCAAACGAACAAAACAGCCCCGAAAGACAUGGCAAGAAAACCCACUUUACAUGAAACAAAUUCAUCAAAUGCUAGAAACAGCGUAAACUCCAAGGGAAACGAACCAACGGUAGCUUCAAAAAGCCGCAAGAGACCAUUGCCUAGAACAGCAAAAGAAGAUUCAAAUGCUCCAAAAUGUUCAACCAGAGCCUCCGCUUUCAGGUUACCCGAACUUGCUCCCCUCAAUAUUCAGCCAUCAGUAAACAAAAGGAAAAACAUAACUGUAGGUAGCUCAGUUUCAUGCAGAAUACCCAACAAUGUGCAGAGACAGCCUUCUGCCGGCUGCGAAAAUCUUUCAACUCAUAGCAGAACCAGAGCAAAGUCUUUCACUGUAACUUCUCCUUUCAACUUCAGAAGUGAUGAAAGGGCAGAAAAGAGGAAACAGUUCUUCAAGAAGUUAGAAGAAAAGAACAAGAAAGAGGAGCCUGGAAAAGAUAAAUUGUCUUGUGGCGGCUUAAAGGAGAUGUUCAUAGAUGGUGUAUAAUACACAAGCUUCAAGGAGAUGUGUAGAAUAGAAAAACAAGAACUCAAUUCUUCAUAUACCAAACUAUGUACUCAA